AUGCUGUUUAAUUUGAGGAUCCUGUUGAACAAUGCAGCUCUUAGAAAUGGUCCCAGUUUCGUGGUUCGAAAUUUUCGAUGUGGACAACCACUACAAAACAAAGUACAGCUGAAGGGUCGUGACCUCCUCACUCUAAAGAACUUUACAGGAGAAGAAAUUAAGUAUAUGCUAUGGCUAUCAGCAGAUCUGAAAUUUAGGAUAAAACAGAAAGGAGAGUAUUUGCCUUUAUUGCAAGGGAAGUCCUUAGGCAUGAUUUUUGAAAAAAGAAGUACACGAACAAGAUUGUCCACAGAAACAGGCUUUGCACUUCUGGGAGGACACCCUUGUUUUCUUACCACAGAAGAUAUUCAUUUGGGUGUGAACGAAAGUCUCACAGACACAGCCCGUGUGUUGUCUAGCAUGACAGAUGCAGUGUUGGCUCGAGUGUAUAAACAAUCAGAUCUGGACAUCUUGGCUAAAGAAGCAUCCAUCCCAAUCAUCAACGGGCUAUCAGAUUUGUACCAUCCAAUCCAGAUCCUGGCUGAUUACCUCACGCUCCAGGAACAUUAUGGCUCUCUGACAGGCCUUACCCUCAGCUGGAUUGGGGAUGGGAACAACAUCCUGCAUUCCAUCAUGAUGAGUGCAGCAAAAUUCGGAAUGCACCUUCAGGUGGCUACUCCAAAGGGUUAUGAGCCAGAUCCUAGUAUAACCAAGUUGGCAGAGCAGUAUGCCAAGGAGAAUGAUACCCAGCUGUCGCUGACGAAUGAUCCAUUGGAAGCGGCUCGUGGAGGCAAUGUAUUAAUUACAGACACUUGGAUAAGCAUGGGACAAGAAGAGGAGAAGAAAAGGCGGCUCCAGGAUUUCCAAGGUUACCAGGUUACAAUGAAGACUGCUAAAGUUGCUGCCUCUGACUGGACAUUUUUACACUGCUUGCCCAGAAAGCCAGAAGAAGUGGACGAUGAAGUAUUUUAUUCUCCACGAUCACUAGUAUUCCAAGAGGCUGAAAACAGAAAGUGGACAAUCAUGGCUGUCAUGGUAUCCCUGCUGACAGAUUACUCACCUCAGCUCCAGAAGCCAAAAUUUUGAUCCCAUGAUGCUUGUUAAGAAGAAACGAUGUUCUUCAGUAACAAAAUGAGUCAGUUUGUGAGGAAAG